AAUUUACAUAAAUAUGUAGAAUCGUAUUGUAGUCUUAUUAAUCGUAAAUCUAGUCAUACUAAUAAACGAAGAAACUCCAUCGAUUGGUCGACGUAAUGAAUGCGUAAUAAUUAUCAGAAAAUCGUUCAAUGUCGUGAUCGUACCUGACAUUCACUUUCGUUGGAAAUAGGGUUAUUGUACUCUCUCUCUCUCUUUCUCUCUCUUUCAUUCUGCGUUGAACAAUAUAUUGUGGGGGUGUAAUUCUACAAUAGCGUUAAUGCGCAUGCGCGUUGACCGUUGUCCACUUAGAAGCGUUCGUCCCUCAUUCUCUCUCUUUCUCUCUCUCUUUCUCUCUUUCUCUCUCUAUUUCUCUCUAUUUCUCUCUCUCUCUCUCUCUCUCUCUCUCUCUAUCUCUCUUUCUCACCGUUUCAAUCCACCUGUGUUUUAACCUAAGCUUUUCCACCUGCAAAACUCUGUAACAUUAAAACCGAGCAACAUCGAACAAUUUCUUUUUCAUUUUGACGUCUCCGAAGUAAUGAAAUAGAAGAAAAGGAAAAAAAAAGAAACACACGAAAAAAUACAAGGAAUUGAAAUACUAGAAGAGAGUAAAGAGAGGAUGUUCGCUAGAUUGAAGAACGCCUGUCAGUGCCCAACACCGAAGUGCAACUUUCAUCUUCCAGGAAUGGAGAAGCCAGAAUCAUCUGCCGACGGUGCCAGUGCUAUGGAUCUUGAAGACAGGGAUCCAAAUAGUCUUAAUCAACAUCUUCAGGUAAUGUGGGACGACGUGAUCGGCGAACCGGAAGGCAUUCGAAGUCCGGAAUGCGCUUGGCGCUUGAGUGGCCACUGUUUUCGCCUUUCGAGGGGUUGCUGUUAUAUAUUUCUCUCGGUCUUGGUCGCACCCUUGCUCGCACUUUGCCUUGGCUUUACGUUCGCCUGCCUUGCGUUCGAGCAUAUAUGGUGCGUCGCUCCCUGCCUUCGAGUAUGGAAAAUAACUUGUGCAGCUACGAGAAGCUUCUUUACUGCUUUUGUUCAAGCAAUCGUUAGACCUGUCGCAGACGCCACUGGAUAUCUCUUUAAUAAUAUACGCGUAUUAAAUCAAAAAUUACCAGAUGGUCCCGAAAAAAAGGACGAUAUUCUUAUAGUAUGAGAAAACAUUUCCAAGUUUUUCAUACCGUUUUCUUUUAACGCAUU